AUGAUAUCCCAUCUUUUAAAUCAUUGUCUGCCUAUGUUAUUUCCUAACCUCGUCCCUUCCUGCCCUCCCCUCACUUACUCUGGCCUCCCUGAAAGGGAGUACUAUUCCAGCCGCACUGGCCUUCUUGCUCUUCCUGAAAUGUCCCAGGCACACGCUAAUGGCCUCAGGGCCUCUGCCAGGGUCACCCUUUCCUUGGACAGUCUCAUGGCCCAUGUCUUUGCUUCUUUAAUGUCUUUGGUCAUGCAUCAUCCCUUCUUUAAGAACCUCGUCCUGAUCACUUUCUAUGAAAUUGCAACUCAUCCCACCUGGUGCCCCCUUUCCUUUGUUAUAUUGUUUCAUUGCACUGAUAAUUUCUAA